AUGUAUACACUAUAUUGCGAAAAGCAUUGUCCCUGCUCUCCCAAUCAUGUGAUUCAGGUGCUCAAAUCCCCUCCCAAUCAUGUGAUUCGGGUGUCCCAAUCCCCUCCCAAUCAUGUGAUUCGGGUGUUCCAAUCCCCUCCCAAUCAUGUGAUUCAGGGGUUCCAGUCCCCUCCCAAUCAUGUGAUUCAGGUGUCCCAAUCCCCUCCCAAUCAUGUGAUCCAGGUGUUCCAAUCCCCUCCCAAUCAUGUAAUUCGGGUGCUCCAAUCCCCUCCCAAUCAUGUGAUUCGGGUGCUCCAAUCCCCUCCCAAUCAUGUGAUUCAGGUGCUCCAAUCCCCUCCAUAUCAUGUGAUUCAGGUGUUCCAAUCCCCCCCAUGGACACAGGUGUAUACAAUC